UGUAUGCCUACGCCACCUAGAGGUGACAACCUGUACUAAUCUAAUGCGGAAACGAGAAGAAUGAGAGAAAGGAGGUGAAAUGUCAGUCUAAUUGACUGGAUAUCUUGAUUAAAUACGUCUGGUUAGCUGAUAUUUAAACAAUAAGACAUAUGGAGGUGCGAAAUGUAGCCCUCUAAGUUUUCAAAUGUGAACUUUGUAGGGCUCUUAGCUCCAGAAAAGUUAAAGUUUUCAUGACAAGUCGAAGUAACAUGGCUCAACCAGGAAGAGAUCGCGUUCUGCCAACUACUGCCAGAACAUCUCGCAGUGAAAACAUUAAAAAGGUUGCUAUAACUAUGAAAGGAGUACAAGCUCAACUUUUAGAAUUAGAUCAGAAUCGACCACUGGCUGCUAUAAUCCAAGAUGUUUGUCAUGCUUGGAAUCUUGGAGAUCCAGACACAUAUGCACUUCAGUUUAGUGAACCAAACAGACAGAAAUAUAUUACAGAAAGGAGUCGUUCUGAAAUACAAAAUGGAAAUGUAUUACAGCUCAAGGAAUCCCCGGCCAAAACAGCUGAAAAUUUAUAUAAGUUAAUAGAUCAACAGACAGGCUCAGCUGAAGAGAGAAUACGAGGGUUAACAGAACUCUCUAAACUUUCUGCUGAUGCAACGUUUGCUACAGAAUUUAUAGCUAUAAAAGGAUCAAAUUUAUUAAUAAACAUAGUUAAAUCAGGAAAAUAUAAAGGGGAACCACUCUCCUACACAUUAAAGUCAUUUGUUGCUUUGAUGGAUCAUAGUAUAAUAUCUUGGGAUGUAUUAGAUGCUGAAUUUAUUAAAAAGGUAGCUGAAUGUGUAAAUUAUAAAUCAAGCCAGGAUAAUUCCUGUUUACAAUCAGCAUUAGUAAUACUUGAGUUAGUUGUAUUAAACAGUACUGAUAAAUUACCUGUUGUAGAACAAGUUGUCACACCUACCAUUAUUACACCAUAUUUAGAAAAGCACGAUUUGGAUAUUCAGAAAAGCGCACUUGCACUUAUAAAUGCUUUAUUUAUGAAAGCAGAUCCAGAGAAAAAGAAGAAAAUAGCUGAAAAUCUUCAAUCAAGAACUGUAAGGAAUACAAUACUUAGUCAGGUUGUUGGUAGUACUGGUAAUCAGAUGGGACAAGAAAUGGCUCAUCAACUUUAUCUUUUACAAGCUAUGAUGCUCAACUUACAUGAAGAUAAAUAUUUUACUGCUGUUGAUCCACAUAAUCAGAAAGUUUUACAAGAUAUUGAAGAAUUACGCAGGAUAGCCUUCGACGUGGAAGGCGAUCCCAAUAUAAAUACUGUUCGCAAAUCUCAAAGUCCUGCUCAAGAUUACAGAAAACUUGGUUUUUAUAAUGUAUCGCAUCCAGCGAGAGAUUUUGCCACAACCCCACCUGGCUCACUAGCUCUACACAAUAUGCUAUAUUUUGCUAGAACACAUGGAGAAAGUUAUGUCAAGGUUGUUUUAGAAAAUUCUAGCCGAGCAGAUGAACAUGAUUGCCCCUUUGUUAAAGCUUCCAUUACGUUAACCUUAAAGAUUUGUGAAAUUCUUCAUAUUGGAGAUACACCUACUGAAGAAGGGAAUAGAUUUUAUCCUAUGUUCUUCCAUCAUGAUAAACCAUUUGAGGAAUUCUUCUCCAUUGUUAUACAGCUACUCAAUAAAACCUGGAGAGAAAUGAAAGCCACAGCCAAAGAUUUUGAAAAGGUAUUGGGUGUAGUUAAAGAACAGGUGAUUAGAGCAUUAGAAAUCCACCCAGCAACCUUUGAUGCAUUUAAGAAUCGUCUUAACCAGUUGAGCUAUGCUGAAAUCAUGAAGUUAUGGGAACUUGAAAGGCAGUCGAAAGAAGAAUGGUCUUCGCAAGCUAAACCAAUCAUCGAGUUACGAGAGAAACUGAAACCUGAAAUAUUGGAAUUAAUUAAACAACAGAGGUUAAAUGUAUUAGAAGAAGGGACUCGAUUUAAUAAAUAUACGGCUAAAGCUCGGAUGAAAGAUACAAUGAAGAAACGUCAAAGUUAUGAUAAAUACUGGUAUUGGAGACUUGCUCCUAAUCAUAAAGCAUUCCAUUAUGGUGUAUGUUCUGAAAGUGAUUCUCCUCCACUAGAACAACUUCAUAAUAAAUUACCAAUUAUGGAUAUUAAAGGUCUACAAGUAGGAAAAGAUUGUACACAUGUUAAAGAAAAUAGACCUAGAAAAGGGACAAAUGCAAGUGACAGUGCCUUUAGUAUAAUACCAGAUACCUCGGAAUCAUAUAAUUUUGUUGCUUCAUCAGAAUUAGAAUUUGAUCAUUGGACGGAUGGUAUCAAUGCCUUAUUAGGAAACCCUAUGACAAGUAGAAAAACAGAAGCUGAUCUAGAAACUUUACUGAGUAUGGAGAUUAAACUACGUCUACUAGAUACUGAGGGUAUUACCAUACCUAAAAAUCCUCCACCUAUGCCUAAAGAACCAAGUAAUUACAACUUUAUAUAUAAUCUAUGAAUGUAAUCAUCUUAUUACUGCGUUAUUGUAGCAUUUUAAAAUCACCAUUUACGUCUUCACAGAAGAUCGUAACGUAUUUUACGACUUCACAGGAGAUCGUAUCAUAAUGUUUUAGUUGUCAUCAGUAAGCUCAAUAUGCUCAUUGAUAUUCAUAAGAAUAUAAUUCAAAUAUUUGAUUUUUUAUCAAUUUAAUCAAAGAAAAUUUAAGAUAUAUAUACUAAUCUAUUAUAUAUUGUUAUAGCUGUUCAAGUUUUAGCAUUGUCUGAUAUAUUACUAGUGGUUUCAGUAUUUUUCUUCUUGUAUAACAUGAAGGGAUGACCCUGGGCGAUAUAGAUGUGUUCAUCUCAUAGUUUGUUAAAUAAAAGAAAUAGAAGUUUGAAUAAAUUGGUCUCUAACCGAGAAAUCUGGUCAUGAAUUCAGUUAAAUAGAAGUCUGGUCAUGGAUACUGGUAUAAUGUUUAAAAGGCCACAAGUGUAAUUUCAGUAUUUUUAUCAUUACUAUCUUCUUAUACUAAAGGGUAUUUAUUAAUAUUUACCAUGUCAUAUAUUUAUGAUAUACAAAUCACAUUUUAAUGUGUAAAAUAAUACAACUAGCUAACUGAUGAAACAGAACAAAAACUUACCAUUUAGUAAUUUAUUAUAAUAUUUAUGUAGAUAUAUUUUUAAAACACGACUUAUUAAUGAAGUAUUCUAUGAAUAUUUGAUGGUGUAGAUAUUAUUAGUAGUAGAAAAAUUUAGUAGUGAUUUUAAAGGAAGAAUAAUCCUGGGACGUUAUGAUCCUGAAAACAUAAAUUAAAAUAAUUUAUAGAAUGCAGUCUAUUGAAUGGCUAACAUCAAAAGUUUUAAGUUUUCGUGAAUGAGUCCAUCAAUGGAACAGGUCGCUAUACUAAAUUAAGAAGAGUUAACUCUCAUUUGCAUUGUGCAACUUGAAAAUGAAGAAUAAAAAAAUGAAGAUUUAACAAGAAUUGUUAUUUUCAUGUUGGUACUACAUCAUUGAUCCAGAUAAAAAGAAAGGAAGAGAAUAUUCGUAACCACAGUAUUCAGGGUUAGGACAACUUUCUAUUGGGACACUCUGUAUAAUAAACAAGCCCAAGAUGUGCUGGGUAGUUUUAAUGAGCUAGGAUUAGGUAUCCAAAGUAUUUAGAUAGAGAUAAUCUUUAUUUGUUAACAUUGUGGUUUGGAAUAACCUCAUCCUAAAAAUAAAUCACCUUUGUUUUGCUGAACUGAUGAAUGAUCAAAUUAAUUACCAUAGGUCACAGUUAUUUGUAGAUGUGGUUGUAUAUUUCUCUCAUCUGUGUCCAUUAGUCACUCAAACUCUCAUAAUUAUCUUGUAAAUUCUCUAGUAGGUCUCUUGUUUCAAAUAUAUUGACUGGCAGUGAAAUUUACAUCCCAUAAAAUUUCAAACAAUUUAACCUUAAUUUAACAACAAAUACAAUUAAAUUUAUACUUUUUAUAUAUAAACACAAUUAAAAAUUUAUUUUAAAAAUUGUCAUUUUCUUUGAAAAAGAUAUUCUGCUAAAAUUAACUGGCUGGCAAUAUUUCGAAGGAAAAGCCCAGCUACAAUUCUUGGUGCUAUCAUUUGUAGUUAGGUGUGAAUGAAGUCUAUAAGUUUUGGUCGUUUCUCCAUUUUUCUGUCACAAAGUUAUGGCCCAAAAUCUUGAGAAUUUUCUUACAAGAGAAAUUUUUUAAAAAAAUUUUGAAUUGAUUCGAGUUAUUUGGCUAGAUGUUGUCAAUAAAUUUUGUGUGAACAUUUUAAGGUCACAAUUCUUAAAAGCUGCUGGAGGGCUUUUAAUGUUUGUGUAGGAAUACAUUUAAAGAUACAUUCCCAUGUACAAACUGGGUGAUUUGAUGAUAUAUAUGGACUAAAAACAUAUUCAAACUAAUUAAUUAAUCAUAAUUUUGCUUCGAAUCUUUCUCAAAACAUUGUAAUUGUCAGGGAAUAACCUGCUAUAAAAAAUUGAUCAAAAGAGGUCAUGUUUGUGUCAUGUGACUUACCUCUCUCGGUACCUAGCAACGGGUGCGAAGCCGGAGGAGAACUCAUUGCAUAUACAACUCAUUUAUUGAAGCCCAACAAAUUCUCGGAUUAUCCACAGCCCAAGUUUUUUCCGUGGUUUUUAACUCAAAAAUUGUUGCACCAUCAACUUGAUCAACAUAUACAUCAAGCGCUCACUAACGCUGGGAGGUUAGGCAGUCUUUGUGUGCUACUUUCGACGUUACUCGAGCAGACAUCACUAGUCGUCAGGUUGCUGGUUAGGGAAACCCUUACAUUUUUGCCCUGUAUGCACUCCAUGGGUGUUAUUUAUGGAAUCCAGUAUUUUUCUAGUAAGAUUGGAUGUUUCUACUUUCCAUAUAUACCAAAAUUGCCAUACUUUUAUUGGAAAUAACCACCCGAUAAAUACUUUUGUGGGAAAGUAUCUUUAAAUAUGAUGAACUUAGUUUAGUAUAUUUAUUUUAUACAUUUAUACUGUAUUAUUGUGUAUAUCAUUUGCCAUAUUAAUACUGAUUUUACUUAUUGCCAUAUAUAGACAUACAUGUAUGUAUGUAUAUAUGUGUUCCAAAUACAUAUGUUAUUUUGAAUAGAGAGAUUAAUGAAACAAAUACAAAUAAUGACACAUUCAGAUUAUAAAAUGAUCUAAAUAUAUUCUUGUAUAUACACAAAAGUGAAAAUAUUUUACGUUAAAUCUUCAAGUUAAGUAGAAAAACUUGUAAUACUAUAAGUUUUAUUCGUAGAUUGAGACUAUAUGAAAAAAGAUUAACAUCAAGCCAGGUUUAUGUCGAAUUUUCAACUGGGAGCAACUGAUUUUAACUACUUGUAAGAGUGCUUAUCUCGAUCGAAUCAGCAACUAGUUAUUUUGAGUGAGCUGUAAGUCGUGCUCCGGUUGACCCAUUUUCAGUUGAAGCCAGUUGUUGAAAUGCCAGUUGCUUUCAGUUGCCGAAACGCCAGUUCCUCACAGUUGCCGAAACACCAGUUGCUCUCAGAUUCUGAAAUACCAGUUGCUCUCAGAUUCUGAAAUACCAGUUGCUCUUAGUUGCCGAAACGCCAGUUGCUCUCAGUUGUAAGGUCAACAUAAACCCUGCUUCACAUUAUGUGUUUUGUGUCAUGAUCAUAUUAAUAAUGACAUCAAUAUAAUAUUUUUUUAUAUGUUAGAAAUCUUACUGAAAAAUUCUCUAAAAGUUAUAUCUUUUGUGGUAUAAUUAAAUUGAAAACCAUGAGAUUUUCUUUAAAUUGAUAAAAUUGAAAAUAUUUUGCAAGGUUACUGAAAAAUCCUUUUGUUUUUACAGUUAUGUUUAAUGAAAACCAUGAUUUUUUUUAUUUUAAUUUGCUGGAAUUGAAAAUAUUUUUAAUAUUUUACAAAUCUUAUUUAAAUGUACUUGUAAAUUACACAUCAACUUUUGAGUUAUAAUUUUGUUGCUUGUAUUGAAAACCAUAUUUUUUUUUAAUUGCUAGAAUUGAAAUUAUACUGUAAAUGAUAUUAAUUUAUAAUUAUGCAUUCUGAUUACACUAUUUAAAGCUUGAAGAUGUAAUAUUGUAAAUGCCAUGAUAACAGGGUUAUUAUAAGAGAACCAGGGUUUAAUGUGUUGUAGGUUUAGUAGGGGUAAAACUGUAGAAGUGUAUAAAAUGUUAUCAAUCAUAUACAUGUACUGCUCAAUAACCUCUCAUCUUAAAUAUACAUUCUUUAAUGACAGAAGAUAAUUACCGGUAUAUAAUACCAUAUUCCACUGAAUAGAAACAAGCACACUGGACUUCUAUAGUGAAUUCCAGCAUAUAAUCGAUCUGUAAAUUGGUUAUUAAUUGUGGUUCGUUCAAUCAUGGGGUGUAAUGUCCGGCUUCCAUCCAGAGUGAUAUUGCAGACAUGCUUCCUGGGAAACUUGCCAAAAGAGCCAGUCAUAUUUAAAAGGCCGGUCAAUAGGAUGGGAAUGGAAGUGUCUCCUCCGUCCCCUGAAUCAGUUGUUAAAUGUCUCUGAAGGAUUAUUAGUACCGAGUACUGGAGAGUUGGGUGGCCGAAUGGUUAACCGAAUGGUUAAUGCCUGUGCAAUGAAUCAGUUGUUAAAUGUCUCUGAAGGAUUAUUAGUACCAGGUACUGGAGAGUUGGGUGGCCGAAUGGUUAACCGAAUGGUUAAUGCCUGUGCAAUGAAUCAGAAGAUCUGUCACUGAGUCAAGUAGCAUGAUUUCGAUUCCCUUCUUGUAUGUGACACGGAGUAGGGUUGCCUGUCCAACCACAAGGGUUUUCUCCGUGUAUUCCGGUUUCCUCCCACUUCUAAAAAGACCCCUACACACAAGCGAAUUAUUGAAAUAAAAUUGAACCAUAUUUAAGUCCAAAAAUGACCUAGUUUGUGUCAAGUGAACCAUCCACCCCCCUCCUCCCCCUCUCUCUCUCUCUCUCUCUCUCUCUCUCUACAGGGUACUACAUGGAAACAAACCACAUUGAAUUUUAGUUUGGUGAUUGUUCAGUGGAAUAUGGUAAAAGUAAUCAUAAAUGAAACAAUUCUCAUUCCAUUGUCUGUUUCAUGUUUUUGUAUAUUUGCUUCUAUUGACCAAAAUGAGUUUUAAUAAACAAUGCAUAUGGAUAUAUUUCAUAUUUGGGUGACAUGAUUUUAAGAUGUUUCCUCGCAGCAAACCUUUCUUAAAAGCUUUUUUAUGCAAUAUAUUUAUGUUUAGAAUUUUAUAGCUUAAAUUUUUUUUAAAACUGAAUUAUUUAAUUAAAAUCUCCACAUAAUACCGGUAUGCAAAAUUAUUUUAGGUAAAUGUAAAAUGUUUCUCAAAGGAAAUCGGACACCCCGCUUACCCUUACAUUCCUACGACUUAUCAGUGACGUUUUUACUUCUGUGGGUCGAUGCAUAAACCUGAUAAACCAUCGAAUUCUUGAAACUGGGAAAAGGAUCGAAUAAUUUCUAAGUUUGAUUAAUUGCUUAUAAAGUUAUCGUACCUAAUGUUACCAAACUUUGGGUUUGUUUUUGUUUUUGUUUAGUUUAAAGUCGCCAAUCCUGAUUGUUCAUUUUUCAGACAAUAUGGAACUUACCCCAGCUUAAUCUGUACUCAGAUUGAUUAUUUGAUAUUGGCCGAGAAAGUUCAUUUUAGUCGAAAACACUUAAGUAUACUUCAAGUAUUUAUUCUGCUUCAAUUUUGAUAAAAAAUUUUGAAAAGUUUAUAUAAUCUUUAGAAUAGCGCGUGUGCUAGCGAUUAUUUAGCGGAUGGUGUCAUUCCUCGGGGUAUCAUAUUCUUACCCUCUGUACAUAAGUCGGAACGGAGUUUAAGAGGAAUGCCGGACUUCUGCUGAAAAAUGUAGCGAUUUAUGACCCGAAAAUACGGUAAUUUUGGAGGAAUUUGAAACAGUACAGAUCGGCAGCAGUCGGCACGCUUUCAUUCUAUCGUAUUACGAAUUUUGUAGGAAUAUUACUGACAAAUUUGAAUACCGUACGGGAAUUAAAUAUGAAAAAUAACGAGGUGCACCUAUUUUUAUAUUACGGACGAAUUUGAAUAUUUUGUUUACACGUGAUUUUUGUGUGUGGUCUAAAAACUUCCAUUUUAAAUAACGAUAAGAGUUAUGUCCCUUUAUUUUCUGUAAAAAUGUCCGACAAGAAAAAUUUUGAAAUCCCAUCACUGCUUUAGAUAGAUGUGAAUCAGAGUAGAACCGCAUUACAAAACAGUAUACUAAUUUUUGGAUAUGGCCGCCAUUUAGGGCAGAGAUCUAUUCUCGAAGUAUUAAGUAGAUGGAUAUUUGUUUGCAGAAUACAUUGUAGGUUACAAGUGACUUAAAAUCCCUCAAACGACAAUCAGGAGAAAAUAAAAUUAUUUGAUAUCUGAUAGAAUAUAGUCCGAACCAUCAUGUUUUGAUCUUAAUGUUGAUUAUUAUGUUUAUGCACGGACUCGACACACCUGUUUUAUUUCUCAGCGUUUAUUAUCUUGUAUAUUAGUGCUGCUGUUAAUAUAGGUAUAUAUAUUGUCAUGUUGUGUCGUUCUAUCAUUGUAAAUGACAUAUGACAUAUUACAUUAACCAAACGGUGCUAUAUCUGUAUUUUAUAUAAGCUUAUUAUGUAUAUUAUCAUCAUGAGUAUAUCAGACUCGGAUCAUUCAUGUGUGUUAUUGUUUUUGUCCUGUAUUUCGUUGAUUAGCAUUGUUUUAGAUGUAAUUUCAAUUAGGAAGAUAUGUAAAUUUUAAAAAUUCUCGAAUGUGCUUCGUAUGUCGUUGGUGCUAUUACUGAUCUUCUCACACACCAUGACUUAACAUAUUGAUAAAUCUGAUUUAAAUACAGAUCUAUAUUUCGUUUUGUCUUUUUAUACUUUCGAUGGCCUACACUACAUGAAGAUCUGACAAGUUGUACUGGAAGGUCGUGUCAGGGUCGUACAAGUGGCUUUUGACCCUAUGAUGUCAGACAUUGAUUAAUCAGCCAGCGUUGACGUUUCUAUUGGUUUACCCACAGUUCCGUGAAUGGCACGCCAAGAAGUCGCCGUAACAGACCGUUUCAUUGGCUAAUCCCUCACUUCAACCAAAACCGCCGUAAUAUAACAGCUCUUCCAAGAUCCUAGUGCAGUGAAGACAAAUAAAACGAAAAUUUUGAACUAUAAAAAAAUGAAACGAAAUAGGAUCUGUGUUUUAAUCAGAUUGCGAUAAAUCAGUUGAGAUUUUUUAAGAUUUGCACAACCACAUGUGAAGUAUUCUUUAUGUUUAUCUGCUCACAUAAUUUAGAUUUUUUUUUUCGUUUGAUUUUAUAAUGUUAAAUAUUAUUGCUUGCAGAUGCUUAGAACUACAGUUUGUUAUACAUGUAUUAGAAACAAUUACCGUAUUAUAUUGGAAACCAAAGGUUUAAUACAACUAUUCAAGUUUUUACUCAAUAUAUAUUUAUUCAAUGUAUAUAAUAAUUAAUUAAAUAUAUAGCGUAUAUGGGCACAUUAACUCAACUAUAUCAAAUUUUAAAAUAAUAUUCUGUACAUAGAAAUAUAUUAUAAUGCCUUAAUUGUCAAAAUAUCAUCUUUUUGCCCCCCUGAGUGUAUUACGGUGGAAAAUGUUUCUAUGAAUGUAAUACAAAAUAUAUCAAUCUGAUUAUAAAACACAGAACCUAUUUCGUUUCGUUUUUUAUAGUUCAAAAUUUUGUUUCACUUGUCUUUACUUCAAGGAUCUAGGAAAAUUGUUAUAUAACCCGUGUUAGGGUUGAUGUGAGGGAUUAGCCAAUGAAACAAUCUGUUGCAGCCAGUUUUUGGUGUGUGGUGCACGGAACUGUGUGUAUUCUAUCGUUUCGUUUUUUUAUACUUUCGAUGGCCUACACUACAUGAAGAUCUGACCAGUUGUAGUGGAAGGUUACGUCAGGUGUCAUGCGAGCGGCUUUUGAUCUUAUGAUGUCUGACAUUUGAUUAAUCAAUCAGCUUUGACGUUCCUUGUGGUAUACCCAAAGUUCUGUGCACCUCACGCCCAAAACUUGCUGUAACAGACCGUUUCAUUGGCUAAUCCCCCACAUCAUCCAGAACGCAGGUUAUAUAACAAUUCUUCCAGAUCCUAGUGUAGUAAAGACAAGUAAAACGAAAUUUUGAACUAUAAAAAACGAAACGAAAUAGGAUCUGUGUUUUCAUCAGAUUGCAUUUUUGCACAACCUGUUUAAAAUGAUAGCAGAAUCAACUACAGUCCACUACAAAUGGGAUCACUAGGGAAAAUAUUCCUUGAUGUUUUAGUCAUCUAUAUAAGAUUUUUCCAAGAUUCAUUAUUCAGUGGAUUGCUUAGCAUGUUCAGUUAAACUUAAAAUGGGCUUUAAAAAUAGAUAUUAAUUAAGACAGAUAUUAUCACAAUGUUUUGAUUUAUUUUGCUCAGCAGAUUUUAAUUCUUUUAUAAAGUUAUAAUUUGAGGUUAUUAAAAAAAUACAUGGGCAGCACUUUUUUAAAUGAGUCUAAAAACAAAGGCUUCAAAAAUGGUGCUUUAUUAUGCUCACCUACUGAAGAAAAGAACAUUAUUUAGAGAAUAUUCUGUUUUCUUGACCAUGAAGUUAUAAACCUAUUUGGUAUAAUUUAAUUAAUCUAGACUUUUUACUGUAAUAUAUUUAUGAUUUAGAGUACAUGGAGAUUUUUAUUCUAGAAAACUUAAAUCACUUAAUAUUGAUAGUAACUUAGCAUUAUGAAAUUCAGGAUUUCAGUUACAAUUCAUUAUAAGAGAUUAAAAUUAAUGUGAAUAAGGAUCUGUGGUACAGAAUAUUAGAUUAGAAUGUCGAAGAUCAUCAAAUAGUUCAGUGUCAGUGGCAGGCAGAGGUUUGGUGAUGCUCAGGGCCAACUCCUUUAUAGCAUGCCCGCAAGACUCGGGAGGGGGGGGGAGGGGAUCUAGUCGUUUCACACGUUAAACCAUAAGAUUGCCAUUGAGUCAAGGGGCUUGGUUUCAAUUCCCCGCUUGUACGUGUCGAGGAGUAGGAUCGCCUGUCCAACCCUGUGGAUUGUCUCAGGGUCCUUCAGUUUCCUCUCCCACUGCGAAAGACCCCUAUGUGCUAGCGAAUUUUUGAAAUAAAAUUGAACCAUAUGUUUGUCCCGAAAUGAACUUGACCCCAUUUCUCUCUCUCUCAAGACUCCACUAAGGGCCUAACACCAAGAAAGGAAGGCAUUUCAAAUAUGUAAAAACAAAUGAAUAAUCGUUUUAUUCAAAUUAUGUUAAUGUUAACCGUAAAAAUGAAUUUAAAUUUCAUGGUUGAUUGGAUGCCCCCUGAAAUGGAUUCCCCUGGCUUCCCUCCUCUCUGCAGGCCACUGUUCUGUGUAGUAUCAAUAGGUAAUGGAUCAAAUAACCUCACAACUUUAUAUUAUAUUAAUAUUAUGUUAUUCUUAUGUUCAUAUUUCUUUGUUUUUUAUACAUUUAUGGAAUCUAUAUAGUAGUAUGAUAUCAUUCUAUGGAGAAAUAAAACAAUUUUUAAAUUUUA